AUGUCCUCGUGUGACUAUAACGUUGAGCUGAGAAGAUUCAACUCCAAUCAGACCAGCAUGUCCGACCAGCAGCAACAUGGAGCCGACAUUCACUCCUUAGUUGAUACUCCUGUCUAUGACAGUAUCCCGAGAGAGAAGCAGUGCCCUCCUCCUUUACCAGAGGCUCGUAGGACCACCUUUAAUGCGAUGUACGCUACAAGAGGGGAUACGCUCCAUCCUACCAGCACACAAAUAAAUUCGCGGGAUAGGCUUGGAGCUAAGAUUGAUUACAUGUCUAUUAAGUGUCUGAGGGUCACAUAUCUCUCUAUCUUUGUCGCGAUUAGCUUGUUCCUCGCCAUAGUGGCAGUGGUGUUGGUCCUUUUGUUAUUGUUUGGGGUCUAUGGGCCAACUGCUGAAACAUGUUCAUCAUCAAAACUAGAUGCAUCAAAAUCAAAUGAGGCAGUAACAGGAGCUUAUAUGUCAAUUGUACCCUCACCUUCUCUUUCACAAUGUCUCUGCCCUAUGGUCUUUCCCUGCUUUCUUCCUCCUUUCUUUCUAUUCUCUCCCCCCCUCUUUCUUUUUCUCUUUCUCUUUCCAGCUCCAGAUGUGUCUCCAAUUAAAGCACAAAUUGAGCAAGAUGCAGCCAAUCUGACAGAGCUAUUAAAAGAUAUUACUUCUGUCAUUACUGUGAUUGAAAAGAAUAAUAACAAUACUGACCAGUCAUUAGCCUCUCAGUCCUCAUUCAUCAAUAGUACCGUCUCUGAUGUUAAUUCAACUUGCUAUGAAGCCCUGGCCAACUUGACGGCUCAAAAUGUCUCUAUUGCUGGAUUAAUGUUUGAUGCUGAGAUGAGGAAUGUGGGUGUGUAUAGCUCUUGCGUCUAUGAGUACCUAUCUAACUGCUCUAUGCCUACUAAUGUAUUUUAUUGUACAACUGACUAUCACGAUGUCAUUGUAGAUGGCUAUUAUAAUUUAGAUCUUGCCUGCCAUAUUGAAGUGUCAGGAAGUAAUGCUUCACUUUUUGCUCCUCUUACUAACCUAAGGAUGACAGCACGUUCAGGAGAGACUAUUGAAUCAGGUGACUCUGCAUCUGUUAGAUUAACAAAGUCGAAAGUUAGAUGUGAUUGUGCUUUGGUGCCUCUCUAUAAUGGUGCUGCAAGGGUUACUGAUGUCUAUUGUUCAGUCUUUCGUUCCCGAUGUCCUGUUAGCAGUAACUUUGAGAAUGUGAUGAUCAUCAUACCAUGAAGACAGAACCAUA